UUGAGGCACGUGCAGUCGUGUUGGUGGCGUAGCAUUUUUGUUUAUUUUUUUGUUUAAUUCCGUUCCUCGGCUACUUUUCCAAGAGCGUAAAUUUAUGUUUUUUUAUACACAAACUACACAUGAAAUUUUUGACUGUGAAAUAAACUACAUGUAAUUGUAAACUGAAAAUUUUUUAAUUUACGAAAUGCCAAAAUUUUUCGUACCUACAUCAUGGGAGAAUCUAGCAGAAGCAUUGAACUUCCGUUCAAAAGUAUCUUUGGGCGAUAACAGUGCUGAGGCAAAGGCAGUCCACACUAUAUCAAGUACUAGAAAAAAGAAGAAAGUCAAGACACCCAAAUUAGACAGGGAUAAACCAAAAGAUUUGGCUAAUCCAAAAGUCAACAAAAGUGAAGUGGAAUUUGGAAAAGUCCACAAGGGCCGAAUUGACAAAAAAAAUUUCGAUAAAAAUCCACUCUCACAUUCUAAGGUCGUAAUUGCAUCCGGAUAUCGUGGCCCUCAACCAGUUGAUGCGCUAUCAUCCGCAAAAGUAAAUCUUAAGGGAACGAAAAAACGCAGUAAAAGUGCACCAAGCGCAGCAUCAACUUCGGAAAAAGUUGUAAAAUUGGCUGGGUCGGCUAAUACUUCUUUAGAGAAAGAUAAUUCUGAAUUAGUUAGACCAACAAGUUCUCAGGACAUUGGAUUAAAAGCUUUUGAAAACACUCUAAAGCAACAACUGUUAGGUGGACGCUUUCGUUAUAUAAACGAACAGUUAUAUACCAUGGAUAGUAUAGACGCGAAUGAAUUUUUCAAAUCAGAUGCUGAAGCCUUUAAUGCAUACCACGCUGGAUAUCAGCAGCAGGUUGAAAAAUGGCCUAUGAAUCCACUUGAUCGUAUAAUAAAAAUGAUAAGACGAUUACCAAAAUCACUAGAAAUUGUAGACUUCGGUUGCGGUGAAGGUCGUCUGGCUACGAUGUUGCCCAAUAAGGUGUAUUCAAUGGAUUUGGUGAGCACACGCAGCGAUAUAAUAGCAUGUGACAUGGCUUAUACGCCACUCAAUGACCAGUCUGUAGAUGUAGCCGUUUAUUGUCUGUCAUUAAUGGGAACGAAUCUAAAAGAUUACUUGUUGGAGGCGAAUCGCGUUUUACGUCCUAACGGUUUGGUAAUAAUUGCGGAGAUCCAAUCACGAUUCGAUGAUUUGCGGCAAUUUAUACGCGGACUAGAAGCUUGUGGAUUCGAAUUACUGAAGAAAGAUAUUAAUGAGCGGUUGUUUUAUUUUUUUCAGUUUAAAAAGGUACGAAAUGUUGGAAAAGUAAUGUUAAUACCGCCAUUUUCUCUGAAGCCGUGUUUAUAUCGGAAACGAUAAUUGAAGCAUUAUCGUUAUGACUAUCUACAUUUCAGAAAGAAUGCUACCAAAUUUAUACCUAGGUGUGGUAAUUAUUAAAAAUUGAAAUGUAAACAAAUGAUGUAAUAGUUUUUGUCGAUAUUAAUGCAAUUUCUCAAUAAAUUAUGAGUAUUGAUUAAGAUCCAA